GGAAGAGAGAGGGAGGAUGCUGCAACCUAUGUGAAUAAUUUAUAGUGCAAGGAAAGGAGAGUUUAUGUGGGAGCAGCUGGGUUCCCUGUCUCCAUCCGCUUGCCAGCUGGGGAUGAGAGAACCUUGCUCAGGAGUUCUGAGGAGGGAGUGUGUUGUGUCAGUAAUGUUAUAGACUCUCCUAUCCAAGGCAUUCCAUCUACUCUUGCUUUUGCUGCUCCCAACAAGACUGUGGACUUGUUUGAGAUGAUUGAAAAAAUGCAGGGGAGUCGUCUGGAUGAACAAAGAUGUUCCCUUCCAGCUCCUCUCAAGACAGAAGAAGAGUAUAUUCCUUACCCCAGCAUCCAUGAGGUAUUACAGAAAGGGUGGCCAUAUCCUCUCAUUAUCUUACCCCAGUUUGGGGGCUACUGGAUUGAAGGGACAAGCCACAACCUCUCCAGUCCAACUCUCUCUGAUGUACCCUUUCCCUGGAGUGUUAAGGUGAAACUGGAGAGUGACCCCACAGCCAAGCUAUACCGCAAGCAUUUCCUAGGGAAGGAGCACCAGAACUUUUAUUCCAGUGAUGUGUCCUUGGGCUACUUGAUACUUUCUGUGAAGUAUGAACAGUCUGAGAAACAGGAAAAUCUACGCUUGUUGCUGAGGACACGAACUGGUACCAAACAUGAUCUGAUCCCCAUUUCCUGUCUGAAUGAAUUUCCCAAUGCUGUCCAGAUGGCAAAGCUACUGUGUGAAGAUGUGAAUGUUGAACGCUUCUUUCCUGUCCUCUAUCCCAAGGCUUCUCAGCUUAUCGUAGCAUUUGAUGAACAUGUUAUAAGCAAUAACUUCAAAUUUGGGGUAAUCUACCAGAAACCUGGACAGACAACUGAAGAAGAAGUCUUCAGUAACACAGAAGAGAGUCUGGGUUUCCUGGAGUUCUUAGAUUUCCUUGGUGACAAGAUUCAGCUGCAGGAUUUCCGUGGGUUCCGGGGAGGUUUGGAUGUCAUUAGAGGUCAAACGGGCACCGAAUCAGUUUAUACAAAUUUCCGGGGCAAAGAGAUCAUGUUUCAUGUGUCUACAAAACUGCCCUUCGCAGAAGGAGAUUCCCAACAGCUUCAGCGGAAGCGUCACAUUGGGAAUGACAUUGUAGCCAUCAUCUUCCAGGAUGAAAGCACACCUUUUGUGCCUGAUAUGAUUGCUUCUAAUUUCCUACAUGCAUACGUGGUAGUUCAGCUCACUCACAGCAGUUGUGGGGAGACCCUCUACAAGGUUUCAGUCACAGCACGAGAUGAUGUGCCCUUCUUUGGACCUUCUCUACCAAAUCCAGCCAUAUUUAGAAAGAGUACAGAGUUUCGUGAAUUCCUUCUGGUCAAGCUCAUCAAUGCUGAAUACAGCUGCUAUCGAGCUGAAAAAUUUGCUAAAUUAAAGGAGAGAACACGAAGUGCCCUCUUGGAGAGUCUUUUUGAGGAGCUGCAGUUUCGCAGCCGCUGUAUGAUGGGAUUGCCCAUAGAAGAAGAUGACAAGACAGAGAAUGGCAGUGGGGGCUUCUUUGAGAAUUUCAAGCGGGUGAUCAGAGGCCGCAGCCAGAGCCUGGAUACCAUGGGGAUAUCUAUGAGAAAGCAGCAGCCAGCCACCAUGCCCAGCCGCCCGACGACAGCUGGCCUUGCUCUGAGCCAGAGUGUUGCCGAGGGCCCUAAGGCCAUUGCUGCGUCUUUUGCCUUGCCUGGUAGGAGCCCAUCACGUACUCGAACCAGCCGUUUCCAUGGGCGACGGAGUAGUGCCAUUGGCAUUGAGAACAUACAGGAGGAGAAGAGCAGAGACAUUGCAGAGAGGGUACAGAAGAUGGUAGACUGUCCAGAAACCUUGCUUGACCUGAAAUCUGAUGGUUCAUCCAGUCCCAGCUCCCCAGAGUUCCCCAGCAGGAAGAGCAAGUAGCCUUCUGAAUAAUCCUUUCUCCCAAGGACAUGGUGAAAGAAUGAACCCAGCCUAAGUAACAAGGUAGCAAACUCCCCAGGAUCGGGACUCUUUCCAAGUUUCAUCUGAAAAUCAAGCACUGUACUGUGUAUGUCCAAAUCCUAGGAAAAGUACACACGUUUUGUGUGCAUGUGUUUUCCCUUCUCAGACACAUCUGAGUGGGGACAUCAAGCCAAUCAGGAGUGGACCAGAUGCUACUAAUUGUUUACCUCACUGAAGAUACUGGCAAGACUUUUUGGGUGAAAUGAGAGUACUGGCUAAGAGGAGCAUGAACUUAGAGGACCUCAAGGACUGUGGAAAGACCAAGUGACACCACAUAAUGCUCCACUGGCAGUCCUUGGAGCAGGAGUCAUGGAGAGGAAGAAGGACAGAAAUUAUUUUGGAGCAUUUUGUUUCUAGGCUUUUUCCAUUGUCCAAUCAGCAGUCACUGAAUCAGACUCUACAAAUGCUGGGGGAAAGAAGGCUACCUUGAGCACCUCUUCUUCCCUUAGACUUAUUCAGAAAGAGAAUUAAGUCAAAAGCAGGAGAACACAUUUCCACCUCUGUCUCUAGUAAGCACUAGAGAUGGAUGACCUAGUUUGGGAAAUGCAAUCCAAAGAAAGAGAAUGAAGAAAUCUGCUGAGGAAGAGUGCUAAGAAGGUGAUACUUAGUGGAAAUUUAGGUCCCAGCUCAUUUUAUUGAUUGGCUCUGCCAAGGGAGAAGUAUGUUAGCCUUCAUUUCCUCCAAAAUAUAUUUUGUAGCCUCAUGAGGAAAUAUCUUUGGCCUAUAUUGGCCUUGCCUUUACUGUUCUCCCUAUUGCAUGCUGGCAUGUAAUAUGCCUGGGGCUUUAGGUUUCAAUACUGCUUGUAGGUCGAGACCGGCCGUGUUUUGCAGUAUUUCUGAAUGAAUAAAUAUAUUUAAUAUAUUGAAGUUGUCUUAUCUUUAUUGCCUCUUUCAGCUUUUUGAGUUACUCAACAUAUUUCAGCACUUUCUCUCUAUGGUGAGUAUUUCACCGUAAGUGUUACACACAUGGCACAUUUCACAGCAUAUAAGCACGUGAGAUUCAUGAGCUACUCUCUACUAGGAAGUGACAAGUAGUGGUUCCCAAAUUCUAAGCUAGGAGAAGCUGACGUUAAAGGUCUUGCUCUGGCAGAUAUGAAACAUGCUCCAGGCUACCUUAAAAUGCAAAAUAUUUGAGUGAGCUGUGAUCAGUAGAUCCAAUUUGUCAUAUAUAAUGCUUUGAAUGUUCCCUUCAUAACAGCCAUACAGAAGCUAAAAAUCUAGUGGAAUGGAUCUACAGGAGCCACCGAAGCUCUUUUGUCUACAGGCAACUGUACACACACAGAGUAUAGAAGAUGGGCAUCUUGACUUGAAUACGUUCCUGUCUCCAAGCAGGACUUGUCUGUGCAAGAGCUUGACACUUAAUCCUAAUAGCUUCUUAAUAAGACAUGAAAAAAAUAAUAAACAUUUUGGCAAGUAGUUUCUACCUCCUCUCUCCUUCCUUAAACUUUCUUAAUUAACCAUUUAAUAACACUAGUUAAAAUGUGCUCUCUAUAACAAGUUAAUUUUGCUCUCUAUAACUGCUUGAAGGGAGGUUGUAGGGAGCUGGGGGUCAGCCUCUUCUCUUGUGUAACCAGUGAGAAUAAUAGAGCAAAUGGCUUCAAGCUGUGCCAGGGGAGAUUUAAGCUGGAUGUUAGGAAAUGCUCCUUCUCUGAAAGAGUGGUCAGGCACUGCAAUGGGCUGCCCAGGGAGGUGGUGGAGUCACUGACCCUGGAGGUGUUCAAGGAACGUUUAGAUGUUGU